CGGAUUUGGUCUAAAAUAAAGACCAAAUCCGUGGACCCCACAGAUUCAACACCCUUCAACAAACAAUGAACUUAUGUUAAAUCCAUCAACCUUGAGAUUUGGAUACCAAACUCACGACGCAAAUACAACAAGCAAACCCAAUAAGCAAACGACCCCUUAACUUCGAAGUACCGUAUUGAUUCUUGGAUAAGCCAUUAUGCAAUGCCACCAUGCUGCUGCCUGGCGACUUCUGGUUUCCCCACGCCACGCGGCCACGGUCGAAAUGGCUAGCCGAACUCGUGGGUUCAACUAACGAACUAUCCUCUAAGCUUUACAUUUACGCUCGCUAACCGCCAAGUCUUCUUCCUUUCUCUCACCCGGUUCCUCAACUGCCGCCUCUCAUCCUCGCCAUGCCUGCUACUUUACCUUCUCUCCGAAGAUCGUCGCACUCACUCCUGCUCUCCGGCCUUCAUUCUCGCCAACUCUCCAGCUGUCAGGCGUCGUCCUCUACCGUAUCUACGUUGAUUUCGAUCGACGCCGCUGGUUCCGGCGCCUCCUCUAACUCUCCGCGCAACUCGAAUCCAGGGAGCAGAUCUGUGGUUAAGUGGAUCUCCGCCGCCGCUGCCGGCGCAAGCUUCGGCGGAUUGUACUACUGGUCACCGCCGCUUGAUACCGAUCACACCGAUUUUCAUCUCUUCAAGAAGCAGCUCUCGUCCUUCUUUGACCGGUCAGCGACUGUCGCGGCCGGCGAAGCUACUUCCGUCGGCGAUUGUCGGCGAGAAUCGUCCUUGUUUCACAAACUUUCUUUGCCCGAGUACAGAUCGAAGUUCCUCAUCGGAGAUUCGUACAGGCGAAAGGUUUUCUUCAAGUACGAGAAACGAAUAAGGCUGCGGAGUCCGCCGGAGAAGGUAUUCGAGUACUUUGCGUCGCACAAAGCUCCCAAUGGAGAAUUGUUCAUGACGGCGGCGGAUUUGAUGCGAGCUGUUGUCCCCGUUUUCCCACCAUCUGAAUCGAACCUAAUCAGAGAAGGGUAUUUGACAGGGGAAAGGAGUCCCGGGGAAUUGCGGUGUGCUCCUUCUGAGUUCUUCAUGCUUUUUGAUGUGAACAAUGAUGGCCUUAUCUCUUUCAAAGAGUAUAUUUUCUUCGUGACGCUGCUCAGUAUUCCAGAAUCAAGUUUCUCCGUGGCGUUCAAGAUGUUCGACAUUGACAACAGCGGGGAGAUUGAUGAGGAAGAGUUUAAGAAAGUGAUGGCACUGAUGCGAGCUCAUAACAGGCAAGGAGCUGUACAUAAGGAUGGACUAAGAACAGGGUUUAAGGUUAGUGGUUGUGUGGAAAAUGGAGGCUUGGUGGACUACUUCUUUGGCAGUGAUGGAACUAAGCGGCUCCAAUAUGAUAGCUUUAUGCAAUUCAUGACGAAUUUACAGGAUGAGAUAUUGAGACUGGAGUUUGCUCACUAUGACUACAAAUCACGAGGGACCUUAUUGGCCAAGGAUUUUGCAUUGUCCAUGGUGGCUUCUGCUGACUUCGGCCAUUUAGAUAAGUUACUCCGUCGGGUGGAGGAAUUAGACAAUGACAUGCACCUUCGCGACAUGCAAAUAACGUUUGAGGAAUUCAACAACUUUGCGGAGUUACGUAAGCAGCUAAGGCCAUUCUCUUUGGCUCUUUUCAGUUUCGGGAAAGUAAAUGGCCUGUUAACCAAGGAGGAUUUCCAACGAGCUGCAUCUCAGGUUUGCAACAUUCCACUGUCUGAUAAUGUGGUCGAUAUCAUAUUCCACGUGUUUGACAUUGACCGUGACGGACAUCUAUGCUCAAAGGAAUUUGUGAGAGUCCUACACAGACGUGAGAGGGACGUUGCUCACCCCGCAGGUACAGGAAUAAUGGGACUUCUAUCGUGCUUCUUCAGUCGGUCCCCCGACUCCUUUGAACGUCUGGGUUUCUUAACUUCGAUUUGAAGAUCUUGAAGCCUUGAGAGGUACGUCUUGCAGAUGUGUUUCAGUGUUUGUCACAAGAGAGCAUUUUAUGGUAGUAGAAUAUAUAUAGUAGCAUCCAAACAAGUUCAUCCAAACAAGUUCAUCGAUCUUACAGAGUUGCAAACACGCCACUAAUUGAGUAACGAAUCAGUUGUUCAUCGAAGGCUCCAUGGAUCAGCUGUUGUUUCUUGUAUAAUGUGAUUAAUUAAUGUCUAAAGCUGUAGUUGCACUCACUAUAUUGUAUGAACUGUAGACCAAGUUCCACUCCAGAUUUCGCUUCUGAAACAUUGUUAACAGCUUACUACUCAAUAUCAAGAUGUGAUCACACACGGUCUUCAUAGACUAUACUUGUGCAAAGUGGCUGAACUUCAUUCUCAAAUUUACAAAGAAUGAUACCACCAAUUUCUCAAUACUGUGAACACUUCGAAAGCAGUUGACAAGGGUAAAUGGUAUUUGAAAAGAGAGAGCUCCAGGACAUACAUAGCCUCCCAUUUUCACCUUACAAACCAAAUGACAGGUGAAUUUAGAGCAAUCACAACCUCCUAGCAAACUUCCUAGGAACACUCCGUUGAACUGUCAGUAGGAAAUUCCUUAAAAGGAUGCAAAAACCAGAAGCAAGCACCGGAGUAGUGCCUAGGACAAGGAUUUGAAUGUUCAGCACAAUCGUCAAGGCCUUCCACAUUAUCAUACUAAAGCUUAGGGUGGCAAGUUACAGGCAUCGAAAAUUUGACUAUACGAGAGGUCUGUUUACGAGCAAAACUAGCCAUUGAAUCCAAAUGCAAACAAGGCUCCUGCGUUCAACACUAUUCUAGCACCCUCCCGAGUCAAGCACGAUAGACCACACCGAUUCCUUCAUGUCGGUCAUUUAUCUUGAAGAAACCAUCACAGAAGGAAGCAGGCAACCAAACUGAGCUCAUACGAAUAAAAGGACUCACAAAAUGUAGGGCUUGAGCUUACUACAAGUAGUUUAUGGAUCCGGCAACCUAAGAACGGAAGCAGAAUCAACAACCUAGAAGCAGACAAGAAAAUAAUUCCUACUUGAACUGACCUGAGGGUCUUUUACCUUCCCAUGAAAGAUCAUUGCAGUCCUAAACUCAGUACCCGAGUCCAGAUCAUCCAAAUGAAAACCAAUACGCUAGACGACAUACACCCAAGAAGGGAAACCCACUCACUUCAAUCCGUACCAGUUGAAAACAAUUGACAUGGCGUAAUAUACUGCGCAAGCUCUUUCGGCCACAACACAUCGUUUCAACCUGCAAGAAGCAAUCCUUAGGACACGCGGGAGUGAAGCUGGAUAACCAUCGACUCUAGUUGCAGUUAACAAAGAGCUACAGAAGUUCACAUAGAAUGACAGAGAUUUGCAGAAACUAUGGCAAUCAUGCUUUGAUUCUCAAGUAACAGCAAUUCCAGAGACUAUAGAAGGGCAAAGUAAUACAGAGCAAACCAUUCAGGGCAUCAUGUAGAUGCAAUCACAGCAUGCAGAUGUAACCCCAUCCAGUUUGGUUCUGACCCCCAUGCGGCCCUUGUUCCAACUCUUGCUUUCAAAACCACUCCUGCCCAUGUAUUGUCUAAGAACUAAGGUGAUAACAUAUGAUGUAAUGCCACCACACUUCGCAAUGGAAACAAACAGAAAUCAUCCAAAAAAGGCACCACCACAAGCAUCAUAUUCAAUUCAGCUGUAAUACUCCAUAAUAGCCACUAUCUAAAUAUAAGCACAUCUGCCUCCUACAACUGUAACAGCAGGGUCAACAGAGAACAAGAAGAGAUUUUUUCAUUUUGUGAGGUGAUUUGUAAGUGGGAUAGGGAGGGAUUGUGGGUAGUAUUAGUUUUUUCUAACUAUUGUCUUGGCAUUACUCGGGAAAAAAAAAAUCUAAUAAAG